AUGGCGGGAGUUGGACUUCUUUCUACACCAUAUACGGUUAAAGAAGCUGGAUGGGCAAGUUUAGCCGUGCCUAUUCUCUUUGCAUUUUUCUGUUGUUAUACCGCUUUACUUAUGAAACAUUGCUUUGAAAGUAAAGAAGGCAUCUCGGCCUUUCCAGACAUGGGAGAAGCUGCAUUUGGAAAAUAUGGGCACAUCUUUGUAUCAAUCAUUUUGUACUCAGAGCUAUAUGUAAGUGAACUGCCUUCUCUCUCAAGAUUUUCCACAUUACUAGGGCCUAUAUGUAGGCAUCUAUCAACUUGUCGGGGCUUUCAACUAGACUCUACACAUCUAUUCGGAAUUCUUACCGCUCUUAUCAUUUUACCAACUGUGUGGUUGAAAGACCUUCGCUUGAUCUCGUACCUUUCAGUUGGCGGUGUGAUAGCAACAGUUGUGUUAAUUCUUUGUCUGCUCUUAAUUGGUACCACGGAGGGAAUUGGAUUUCAUCCAAGUGGUCAAGUGCUAAAUUGGAGCGGCAUUCCUUUUGCAAUUGGCAUCUACGGUUUUUGCUAUUCAGGACAUUCUGUUUUCCCAAAUAUAUAUCAUUCAAUGGCCGAUAAAACCAAAUUUAUCAGAGCACUUGUAGUAUGUUUCUUUUUGUGUGUUCUUAUAUACGGUGGUGCUGCAAUCAUGGGAUUUCUUAUGUUCUGCCGAGACACGAAGUCACAGAUUACUUUGAAUUUACCUCAACAUACGGUUGGAUCUAAAAUUGCAUUAUGGACAACAGUUGUCACCCCGCUCACCAAAUAUGCCUUGUUAAUGAACCCAUUGGCCAGAAGUAUAGAGGAGCUGCAGCCUGCUCGACUCUCCAAUAUUUUUUGGUGUUUCAUUCUUCUACGGACGGCUCUAGUUGUUUCUUCUCUAUUCGAUGCAUUUGUUAUUCCCUUUUUCGGUAAGCCAUGCAACGCAGGGUGCUGA